AUGGCUGCACUAGCUCGCAUCUUCAAGAACAAAUGGAUCACUCCGCCGCAACCUGUCACAGAAGACUACUCAGGCAGGUGCAUCAUUGUCACAGGCGCCACCUCAGGCAUCGGGAAAGAAGCAGCCUUUAAGUUUGCGGCGCUGGGCGCGGCGAAAGUUAUCAUUGCGGCACGAGACCUGAAGAAGGGCGAAGUGACCAAAGCUGCCUUGGAGCAUCGCCUGGGUACGAAAGAUCAGUUCGAAGUCUGGGAACUCGACAUGAUGUCCUACGACAGUGUCAUCGCCUUUGCGGAGCGUGCAAAUGGACUCGACCACCUCGACAUUGCCGUGCUCAACGCUGGUAUACAACGGGUGGCGUACGCUCAGUCAGGCUAUGGCUGGGAGGAAGACCUCCAAGUCAACACACUGUCAACCACACUUCUCGCCGUCUUGCUGCUACCGAAGCUGAGGAUAUCGAAACAGCCUGCUGGCAAGAUUCCUGUUCUCGAGUUUGUCAAUUCUGGGCUCCAUCAGAAUGCCGUUGUCCCAUCAGAGGUGCGCCAGGAACCAAGCAUCCUCGACUAUUACAACAAAAGUGAAAAUUUCAAGGAAAGCCGUCAGUACGGCUUCAGCAAGGUCUUUCUCAUGUACGUGGCGAACAAGCUUGCGGACGAGGUGUCUUCUGGCGACGUGAUCGUUACGUCCAUCUGUCCCGGGUUGGUGAAUACAAAUCUUGGGCGCGACCACUUCUUCCCAGGCCUGCAUGUACUGUUUUCCUUUUUCAUUUUCUUGUUCAUGCGGACCCCAUCUCAGGGGGCGAACAUGAUUUUGAGCGGGACGACGCAGGGCGAGAGUGUGCAUGGACGGUUUUGGCAGCAUGAUCAGAUCCAACCCAUCGCGCCGAGUGUUGCAGGUUCUGAGAUGAAGGCCUUCGGGGUGAGAGUGUGGGGAGAGGUGUUGGCGGUGCUGAAGAAGGACGUGCCAGAGAUACUGCCCUUCCGCCGCAAGUCCGCCCACGGCUACGACUCUCUCCUGCGCUUCCUCUUUCCCCAGACCCGAGCACGCGCCCGCGCCCGCCUCUCCGAGUUCCGCCACACGACGGUACCGUCGCUGAAGCACCGCGCCCAGUCGCGCAUCUACAAGUACAUCCUCCAUCGCCAGGCCACCAAGCUCAAGGGCACGCCGAGCAUCCUGCAGCGACUGCGCGGCCAGUCCCGACGACUCCUUGGCAGCAACCAUCUCGAACAUGAGGCCCGGCGCCGGCGGAAGAACCUAGUCAACGAGCCCGGCAGCAGCGCGCCGAGCCAGCGAACAAUGGGCUCCCAAGACGGCUAUUCGGAGCGGGAGGGGGGCUCGCGGCGGAGGAAGCUCGCCGGCUACUUCAAGGCGGCUAACGAACUCCGCCAGACGUACCAGCAGCAGUACGCGCCCAACUUCAGCGGCAGAGAAGCCACGUACGACUAUGAGGACGACACCCCUGGCUCCUUCCCGGACGCGGCGAUUGUGCGGAGUGGCGAGGAGGACAUGAUCCUGUUUCCCAGCUAUGCCCGCCGACACAUCAAGAGGAAGCCCGAGGCACAGCCGGGCACCAUACAGGAAGCCGAGGGCGAGGGUCGUGACGUACGCGACACGGCCGGUGCUGGCGACGCCGAGUUCUGGAAGCAGCAGUGGAACAACUACGAAGACGACAAUGCCGUCGUCGACGUCGACGUCCGCGGCUGGAUUUACUCGCCGCACAAGGGCAACAUGUCCAGGAAGCAGCGCCUUUUCAUUGGCCUCGCCCGCCAGCUCGUAGGCAUAUCAGCGCCCCCCGCGGCCGCGUCUGCAUCCAAUUCUGCAGGGAGUAGCCGUGACCCGAGUCCUGGCCACGGAGGUCUUCGUGAACGCGCUGAAAUGCGCCAAGCCCAACGCGAUGCUGAGCUGCAGGCCAAGGAAGCAGAAGCCAUCCUACGCAAGGGCCAGAAAGAAGCAGAAGCAGCCGCACGGGGUGCCUACAGCGAGAGGCCCGGUCGAGGCGAGGAAGACGACACAUUGUUGUACCGAACAGAGAGCAGCAACAGCGUGCGCACCCAGGGGACUCUCUCACACAUGCACUCCAACAGCUCACUCAGGGACGAAGCCAACAUCACUCCUCUGAAGAAGAGAGCGUCCUGGAACCAGCCAGCCGACAUGAAUGCCGCUGAACUUGCAGAGGCGAAUGCCCGCUUGAUGGCUAGGCUACGACACUUCCUGGCUGUCCCUAUGGCCAACGCACCCAUCAGCGUCUUCUUCUACAACGACAAGAUUUCAAAGCAGAGGACUGUGUACACAAAUGCUGCAGGCCAUUUCAGCGUUUCUGCUGCUCUGGACUUUGUGCCCACGCAUGUGCGAAUCCUGGCUUCCGAGCAGCUAUCGGCGACAGAGGAGGUCCUUGUGACAGAGUCGGAAGGCAUCAGUGUCAUCAGCGACAUUGACGACACCAUCAAGCACUCUGCCAUCAGCAGCGGUGCCCGAGAGAUCUUCCGCAAUGCAUUCAUCCGCGAACUCGGCGAUCUUACCAUUGACGGCGUCAAGGAGUGGUACAACGACAUGGCCAAGAUGGGAGUCAAGUUUCACUAUGUAUCAAACUCGCCCUGGCAAUUGUUCCCUGUCAUAUCCAAGUACUUUGCGCUGGCCGGACUACCACCGGGCUCGUUUCAUCUGAAACAGUACAGUGGCAUGAUGCAGGGUAUCUUUGAGCCUGUUGCGGAGCGAAAGAAGGUCACAUUGGACAAGAUUGCAAGAGACUUCCCAGAAAGGAGCUUUAUCCUGAUCGGAGACAGCGGCGAGGCGGAUCUAGAGGUUUAUACUGACUUUGUUCUCGAGAACCCAGGUCGGGUUGUCGCAGUUUUCAUCCGUGAUGUCACGACGGCAGACAGCGGCGGAUUCUUCGACCCUUCCGUUGCGCCCAUGUCUGGAGACAGAUCUUCGUCAUCCUCCCAAUAUGACACAGGUGGUGGUGUGGCUGCAUCGCGCAGAGCCCAAGCAUCGCGUGGCGACGAUGAUGACCCAGAGCUUAAGGCGGCAAUUACGGCAUCAUUGCAGGAUUUGGAAGAAGACAACUUGAGGCGAUCGAAGUCCAUGUUUCCACAGGUUGACAGAGAUCAUCCUGAUCUCAGGCCGAAUUUACCAAACCACAAGCCAACUUCCCAGAUAUCAUCUCAACGCACUCCACAGACUUCUAUGCCAAAUCUGAUAGACCUCUCUCCGGACGAAGAACCUGUCAUGCGACCCACGAUACGGCGCGUAUACACGGACACGGAUUUCGAGACCGAGAAACACCGAAUAUCAAUGGCUUCGGAUGCAAGCAUGAGAUCAGCUCCGCCGCGACCCAAAAAGCCUGAAACUCUACGAAGUGAUUCUGGCGACUUGAUAACUCUUACUCCAGCAUCUGCUUCUUCUACCUCAAAAGCACCCCGACCGCCCAAGCCCCGAAGACCCUCCACCACAAUCAAGCAGUCGAGCCCCCUCAUACAACAAACCGCCGCUCCCUCGAAACCGUCUGUAGCACCGAAACCAGAUUUUAGCACGCAAUCUCAAUCCGAAUCCGAUUCUCAAUCAACUUACGCGGGCAUGGCGCGAGACAAACUUUGGUCUGUAUACAGCAAUCUCCCAUCUCUAUCCUCCCAAGAGCAGGCUACAAAUGCGCCACCUGCGGCAAACACUGGAAUGUCCAAGAAAGCUCCACCCCCGCCCCCGCCUCGACGCGGUGUUGUCGCAGCCGUCGGCAACAAAGCUUCUUCAGCAUGGCAGUAUGCGCCCUCACGCCCACAUCUCACGUCGUCGCAAACUCAACAGCCCUUCUCCACAUCAUCUGCGCAGCAAAAGCUCAAUCGCACGAGUACAAGCACAACAUUGGGGCUGAAUGGGACAGAGGGACAGUACGUCAAUAAAAGGGAGCUGAUGUGGCGGCAGAGGUGGGCAAGAGCAGAGGAGAUCAUGGCAGAUCGGGGAGUUGUGUUGAGGACAUGGAGGGUGGGAAGCGAUGCUGUUGCCGAGACAGAGCAAAUUAUCAGGAGAUACGAGAAGAGAAACAAAGGCAAUGAGGGGAAACUUGAGGACCGGAGUGAGAUGAGGAAUAGUAACGGUCCGAGACAUAAGAAGGCCGGUGGAAGUGGAGGUGGGAAAGGGGAUGGCAGCAGGAGAAGCGGUGGAACUUCUACUUCUGAACACAUAAACCUGUAUCAUUGA